UUUCUUUUAUAUAAGUAAUAAAAAAGAAGCACCGGACCACACCACUCCACUCUUCCACUGCACUAUUGUCACUCUCAAAUCUCAAAUCAACCAAACAACAAUGGCGUUUUCUUCAUCCUCCAUUUCUCCAUGUUGUUCAUCUAAAUUCUCUUCAAAUUCCUACUUACCAGAAACGUAUUUGAAGGCAAAGGUGAAGAAAAUCGAUGCGUUUAACAGCAACACACAUACAUUUCCACUCCUACAAUCUAUCAAUUCAAAAUGGGAAAGAGGAGAGUUGUUUAAGUUCUGGAUAAGGGCAGCUGUUACAACUGAAGAAUACUUAUUGAAUGGAGCUACAGAGAACAAUCAGCUUCUUAAAGGGGACAGCUGGUCUGUUCAUAAAUUUGGUGGUACAUGUGUGGGGAACUCGGAAAGAAUUCGCAACGUUGCUGAUGUUAUAAUUCAGGACCAAUCAGAAGGAAAGUUGGUCGUUGUGUCUGCAAUGUCAAAGGUCACAGAUAUGAUGUAUGAUCUGAUUCACAAGGCCCAGUCACGAGAUGAGUCAUACCUAACCGCAUUAGAUGCUGUCCUAGAAAAACACAAAUUAACUGCUAUGGAUCUACUUGAUGGCGAUGAGCUUGCUAGUUUCUUAUCUCGUAUUCAUCAUGACAUCAACAACCUAAAAGCCAUGCUCCGUGCAAUAUACAUUGCUGGUCAUGCAACAGAAUCAUUCACGGAUUUUGUUGCUGGGCAUGGGGAGUUAUGGUCUGCUCAGUUGCUGGCAUCUGUUGUCAGAAUGAGUGGUGUAGAGUCUAAAUGGAUGGACACAAGAGAGGUGCUUGUUGUGAACCCCAUGGGCUCUAAUCAAGUUGAUCCAGAUUAUCUUAAGUCAGGGGAAAGGCUUGAGAAAUGGUACUCUAAGAAUCCAUCCAUGACUAUCAUUGCCACUGGUUUUAUAGCUAGCACUCCCGAAGACAUUCCUACCACUUUGAAAAGAGAUGGAAGUGAUUUCUCUGCAGCUAUCAUGGGGGCACUGUUUAAAGCACGUCAAGUCACGAUUUGGACAGAUGUUGAUGGUGUCUAUAGUGCUGAUCCAAGAAAAGUAAGCGAGGCAGUAAUACUGGAGAGACUAUCUUAUCAAGAGGCAUGGGAAAUGUCAUAUUUUGGUGCCAAUGUCUUGCAUCCACGGACAAUUGUUCCAGUUAUGCAAUAUGACAUUCCUAUCAUUAUAAAAAACAUCUUUAACCUUGCUGCACCUGGAACAAGGAUCUGCCGAUCUACUGAUAAUGAAUUUGUAGAUGGACAGAUAUCAGAAUCCCCCGUCAAAGGAUUUGCAACGAUUGACAAACUAGCUCUAGUGAAUGUUGAGGGAACCGGAAUGACUGGUGUUCCUGGUACAGCUAGUGACAUUUUUGGUGUAGUAAAAAGUGUUGGUGCUAACGUAAUCAUGAUAUCACAGGCUAGUAGUGAGCAUUCAAUCUGCUUUGCGGUGCCUGAAAAAGAAGUGAAAGCUGUUGCUGAUGCUUUAGAGUCUAGGUUUGGUCAGGCUCUGAGUUCCGGGCGCCUUUCUCAGAUUUCAGUGAUUCCAGGCUGUAGUAUUUUGGCUGCUGUUGGUCAGAGAAUGGCAAGCUCUUCUGGAGUUAGUGCUACAUUUUUCAGUGCACUUGCAAAGGCAAAUAUUAAUAUUCGUGCUAUAGCUCAAGGUUGCUCAGAGUACAAUGUAACAGUAGUUGUUAAGCAAGAAGACUGUGUGAGGGCUUUACGUGCUGUGCACUCAAGAUUCUAUUUGACAAGAACUGCUAUUGCUGUGGGCAUUGUUGGACCUGGGUUGAUAGGGGGUACAUUGCUUGACCAGCUCAAGGAUCAGUCAGCUGUCUUAAAGGAAAAAUUCAACAUUGACUUGCGCGUGAUGGGUAUAAUUGGAAAAAACUCGAUGCUAUUAAGUGACUCGGGUAUUGAUUUGUCGAAGUGGAAAGAGCUGCGAAAUCAAAAUGGAGAAAUGGCUGACUUGAAUAAGUUUGUUCAACACGUGAGUGAAAAUUAUUUCAUCCCAAAUAGUGUUAUAGUGGAUUGCACUGCAGACUCUCAUAUCGCAAGCCAUUACUAUGACUGGUUGCAUAGAGGAAUCCAUGUGGUCACCCCAAAUAAAAAGGCUAAUUCAGGACCACUUGACCGGUACUUGAAGCUGAGAGAUCUACAACGACAAUCAUAUACACACUACUUCUAUGAAGCUACUGUUGGAGCUGGGCUACCAAUCAUUAGCACCUUACGUGGUCUUCUUGAAACUGGGGACAAGAUUUUGCGGAUUGAGGGUAUUUUUAGUGGAACUCUGAGUUACAUAUUUAAUAACUUCAUGGGGACAAAAGCUUUUAGCCAAGUGGUGAAGGAGGCGAAAGAGGCUGGUUAUACUGAGCCAGAUCCAAGGGAUGACCUAUCUGGAACAGACGUUGCCAGAAAGGUGAUAAUUCUUGCUAGAGAAAGUGGAUUAAACCUAGAGCUUUCAGAUAUCCCUGUUCAGAGCCUUGUGCCAGAACCUUUAAGGGCUACUGCAUCUGCCGAGGACUUUUUGCUGGACCUGCCAAAAUUUGAUCAUGAGUUGUCUAAACAGAGGCAGGAGGCUGAAGAUGAAGAGGAGGUCUUGAGGUAUGUUGGAGUAGUGGAUGUUGUCAACGGAAAAGGUGCUGUUGAAUUGCGGAGAUACAACAAGGACCAUCCAUUCGCGCAACUCUCUGGAUCGGACAACAUAAUUGCAUUCACUACUGAAAGAUACUGUAAGCAACCUCUAAUAGUUCGUGGUCCGGGAGCUGGGGCUGAAGUGACAGCAGGUGGAAUAUUCAGUGAUAUAUUGCGACUUGCCUCAUAUCUUGGUGCUCCGUCAUAAUUCAUGGUGCUUCCCCCCAGUAAUCGUAAUUCUGCAUUUCGUUUGGUCAUCCCCCUUGCUUCUAGUAGUAGCAGAUAUAUAGUUACAUGAUUGUUGUGUAAUUGUGAGCAACUGAUAGUGUUGCUCACUUUGUAUCGUGGCGCUUAUCAUCGUAGGUUGCUUAUUUAGGAAUAAGUCUGAUAGGUACUAAAGCUGUAUUAUGGUCAUAUGAUUGGAUACACCUUGUUAGUGAAUGUUGAUGUUGUAUGUCAAUGGAAUUAUAACUGUUCAAGCUUU